AUGGCAAGCAUUGCUGCCACCACUUGUUCUUCUGGUUUGAUCUUAAGAAGAAAAGACUUAGCCAACAAUGGUGGUUCAAUGCUUCAGUUUAAUGGGCUUAGAGCCAUUGAGUCGAACCAAGUUACUGCUUCAUCUGGGUUCAAUCCUACUUGGUCAGCUUCUACUUCAGUUUGUGUGUUUGCAGCCUCAAAAUCCACAGCAAUCAAGGCAAUGGUUGCACCAAAUGUCUCAGCUCCCAAACGAGAAACUGACCCAAAGAAAAGGGUUGUGAUCACUGGAAUGGGUGUUGUUUCUGUUUUUGGCAACGACGUAGACACAUUCUAUGACAAACUUCUAGAGGGUCAGAGUGGGAUCACUCUAAUAGACAGAUUUGAUGCUUCCACAUUCACUGUCCGUUUUGCUGGUCAGAUUCGUGACUUUUCUUCAGUAGGCUACAUUGAUGGUAAAAAUGACCGUCGCCUUGAUGAUUGUUGGAGGUACUGCUUGGUUGCUGGCAAAAAAGCCCUUGAGGAUGCCAAUCUUGGCCAAGAAGCUCUUGAAAAUUUGGAUAAAACGCGAAUUGGAGUUCUAGUUGGUUCUGGUAUGGGUGGCUUAACAGCUUUUAGCACUGGAGUGGAAGCACUUGUACAAAAGGGAUUCAAGAAAAUUACACCAUUUUUCAUUCCAUACUCCAUCACCAACAUGGGAUCAGCAUUGUUGGCUAUAGAUACGGGCUUAAUGGGACCAAAUUACUCUAUUUCAACAGCUUGUGCAACCGCAAACUAUUGCUUUUUUUCAGCUGCAAAUCACAUUAGAAGAGGAGAUGCCGAUAUAAUGGUAGCUGGUGGAACCGAAGCAGCUAUCAAUGCAACUGGAGUUGGUGGGUUCAUUGCUUGUAGAGCAUUGUCCCAGAGAAACAAUGAGCCCCACAGGGCUUCUCGACCUUGGGAUCAAAAUCGUGAUGGUUUUGUUAUGGGGGAAGGUUCAGGCGUUCUGAUUAUGGAAAGUUUGGAGCAUGCACAGAAGAGGGGUGCUAAUAUAAUUGCCGAGUACUUGGGUGGAGGUGUAACUUGUGACGCCCAUCACAUGACGGAUCCACGCAAAGAUGGGCUUGGUGUUUCAUCUUGCAUAACCAAGUGCUUAGAAGACUCUGGUAUUUCUCCCGAAGAGGUGAACUAUGUGAAUUGCCAUGCUACAUCAACCUUAGCCGGGGAUUUAGCUGAGGUCAAUGCCAUCAAGAAAGUCUUUAAGGAUACAUCUGGGAUUAAGAUGAACGGAACCAAGUCGAUGAUUGGACAUGGUCUUGGAGCUGCGGGUGGAUUGGAAGCCAUUGCAUGCAUAAAAGCAAUCAACACUGGCUGGUUGCACCCUACAAUUAACCAAGAUAACUUGGAGCCACAAGUUGACAUUGAUACAGUCCCAAAUGUGAAGAAACAACAUGAAGUCAAUGUUGCCAUUUCUAACUCGUUCGGGUUUGGUGGGCACAAUUCAGUGGUUGCAUUUGCUCCUUACUAUCCAUGAGUGAGUUCCCAACGGCAUGUGCUCACUUUUACAAAAAUUCAGGACCAGAUUAACAGUUAAGGAUAUUUGAGAAUGAAUCUGAUAUGUAUGAUGAUCAUUUUGUAAGGAGUUUUUGGUGUAAAACUUUUUUUUUUCCCAAUUCAUG